UCCGUCUGCUAUCUAUGGUCUGCUAUCAGUGGAAGGCGGAGUUUGGGCGAGUUUUACAGCUGUUACACCUCUUUCUUUUUCCCCCCGCAUUUCGGCAAUAAAACAGCGUACUGACCUCCGGCGGUGCAACCGUAAGACGACAAUGUCGCUCAGCGCAAUAACACGCAGGUCUAACGCUGUCGUACGUGUAUCGCGGAAUGCUUUCCACGGUGCGCAUGGCGCACACACUUCCAGUUCAGUACAAGCAUCUUCACCGUGCCGUCCUGGAGACCCGUUGAAAGGAGUUCGGGUGCUCGACCUAACUCGGAUAUUGGCGGGCCCUUACUGUUCCAUGAUUCUUGGUGACUUAGGUGCAGAGAUCAUCAAAAUCGAAAGGCCAGGUGUCGGAGACGAAACUCGAAACUGGGGACCGCCUUUCCUCGGAGAUCAAAGCUGCUAUUUUCUAUCAGUAAACAGAAACAAAAAGAGCGUAGCCGUUGAUUUGAAAAGCGCUGAAGGCGUUAGUCUGAUAAAGAAGAUUGCUGCAACAUCCGAUGUGCUGCUGGAAAACUAUCUUCCUGGAAAGCUGGACUCCCUUGGUCUCGGAUACGAAGAUACUAGGGCUGUUGCUCCUCAAAUUGUCUAUUGUUCCAUAACAGGUUAUGGACAAAAAGGACCGUACAGAGAUCGUGCAGGCUAUGAUGUCAUAGCUGCCUCGAUGGGAGGUCUGCUACACAUCACAGGACCCCGUGGAGGUGAACCAUGUAAAGUCGGUGUUGCUAUCACAGACUUGGCGACUGGCCUCUAUGCUCAUGGAGCAGUCAUGGCUGCACUUCUGCAGCGAAACCGCACGGGCAAGGGACAAUGGAUUAACUGCAAUUUAUUUUCAACUCAAGUGUCUGUGCUGGCCAACAUAGCUUCCAACUACCUCAAUGCUAACCUUGAAGCCAGCCGCCAUGGUACAAGCCACGAAAGCAUUGUGCCAUAUGCUGCAUUUGAAACGCUCGACGGCUACAUCACUGUGGGAGCUGCAAGUGAAGGCCAGUUCAAAGUCUUUUGCAGAGUCCUUGAUGUUAAUGAACUUUUGUCUGAUCCUCGUUUCAAGGACAAUCCCAGCCGUGUCCAAAACAGGGAUUUCCUUGUUGAAAUUCUGAAUAAAAGGUUUAAACUGAAGACAACAAAAGAGUGGUUGCAGCUUUUCGAAGGUUCGGGCAUACCAUAUGGUCCCAUCAACACCAUUCAGCAAGUGUUUGAAGAUCCUCAGGGCAAGGAAAUGGUUGUAAAGCUUCCACACAAGACUGCUGGCACGGUGUGCUUAGUUGGUCCUGCUGUGGAGUUCAGUGAUGGCGUGAACAAAGUUCGAUCAGCCCCACCUCUACUUGGAGAGCACACGGAUGAAGUACUGUCAGAGUACAUCACUGCAGACGAGAUUGGUAGACUUCGAGCUAAGAAGAUCAUAGCAUGACGCAGCUUUGAAGAAAAUGUUGAAUGUUAUGCAGUUUCGACCAAAUAUAGUGUUCUUAGGUAUGACGCAACAAUGAAUACUAACUAUGGUUGUACAAAGUUUUUAAAGACUGCACAGCCUGCUACCACGUUGUGAAUGGUGUGAAUUCAGGCAAAUGUUUGUCAAGAGCACUUUGAGAACUCAUGUUUCAAGCAUGCCUUCCAAAACAAUGAACGAGACCUGAUUUUUCCACUAAACAAAAUUUAAUAAUGUAAGCAAGACAGUCAUUAGCAUGAGUUAAUCACACUCAGAGAGUCUUAACAUCACAAAUAUUAGGCCAUUCAUGACUCACUGAACUUUCUUAAUAUGGUAACGCAUGAAUAACAUUUACUUUUUUGAAAAAGGAGUCAAGGAUGAUACCAUAUGUGGCUAGGCAUCACUUCCUUUACGAGCAAAUAAGGCACCGUGGUGGCUUAGCAGUUACGGUGCUCGGCUGCUAGCCUGAAGAACGCGAGUUCGACUCCAGCUACGGCGGUUGCAUUUCGACGGAGGUGAAAUGCCAGAAGCCCAUGUACUGUGUGAUGUCAACGCGCAUUAAAGAAUG